CAAUGGCGCUCCGGGAGAAGGGGUAGUUUUGCAUGUACCUAAGUGAUUUGCAUAAGCCAGCGGCCGGGGGCUUGGGAACCAGAGCGUGCAACCCUAGAAGGGAAAAGGACGGGAAGAGAGCCGCGGCGGGGAGAGAGGGAGCCAGAGUCUGGGUGUUUGCGCGAGAGCCACGGCGGGGGCUGGGGCGAGUGGCCGGCAUGGCUGAAGGCUGCGCUCCGCAACCUUGAAGAACCGCUGCAUUGGGAGGCCGGGGGCAGGGAGGCGGGUGCGAUGGCAGAGCGGGGCCCCAGCCGCUGCGUCUGGCCUGCCCGGCUGGCCUGAGCCGCCGGAGGAGCGGGGCUUCCUCUGCGCGUCCAUGGAGCAGCGGGAAGGGCGAAACUCCGGAGCGCAGCGUCCCUGCACCGCGGCGGCGGACUGCUGAAGGGGCCGAGCCCGCGCGGACCGCCGAGGGAGAGACCCCCGCCCCAGCCCGCAGGCCGGCUGCUUGGGGGCGGCGGGGGGCGUCGGAAGGCGUCGGAAGGCAGCGGAGCGAGCGGCGCCGCGGGAGAAGCCGGCGCGGGAGGCGCCGCCGCAAUGCCGGGCCCGCUGGGGCUGCUCUGCUUCCUCGCCCUGGGGCUGCUCGGCUCGGCCGGGCCCAGCGGCGCGGCGCCGCCUCUCUGCGCGGCGCCCUGCAGCUGCGACGGCGACCGUCGGGUGGACUGCUCCGGGAAGGGGCUGACGGCCGUGCCCGAGGGGCUCAGCGCCUUCACCCAAGCGCUGGAUAUCAGUAUGAACAACAUUACUCAGUUGCCAGAAGAUGCAUUUAAGAACUUUCCUUUUCUAGAAGAGCUACAAUUGGCUGGCAACGACCUUUCUUUUAUCCACCCAAACGCCUUGUCUGGGUUGAAAGAACUCAAAGUUCUAACGCUCCAGAACAAUCAGUUGAAAACAGUACCCAGUGAAGCCAUUCGAGGGCUGAGUGCUUUGCAAUCUUUGCGUUUAGAUGCCAACCAUAUUACCUCAGUCCCCGAGGACAGUUUUAAAGGGCUUGUUCAGUUACGGCAUCUGUGGCUGGAUGACAACAGCUUGACGGAGGUGCCUGUGCACCCCCUCAGCAAUCUGCCCACCCUACAGGCACUGACCCUGGCUCUCAACAAGAUCUCAAGCAUCCCUGACUUUGCAUUUACCAACCUUUCAAGCCUGGUAGUUCUGCAUCUUCAUAACAAUAAAAUUAAAAGCCUGAGUCAACAUUGUUUUCAUGGACUAGAUAACCUGGAGACCUUGGACUUGAAUUAUAAUAACUUGGGGGAAUUUCCUCAGGCUAUUAAAGCCCUUCCUAGCUUAAAAGAGCUAGGAUUUCAUAGUAAUUCUAUUUCUGUUAUCCCUGAUGGAGCAUUUGAUGGUAAUCCACUCUUAAGAACUAUACAUUUGUAUGAUAAUCCUCUAUCUUUUGUGGGGAACUCUGCAUUUCACAACUUAUCUGAUCUUCAUUCCCUAGUCAUUCGUGGUGCAAGCAUGGUGCAGCAGUUCCCCAAUCUUACUGGAACUGUCCACCUGGAAAGUCUGACUUUAACAGGUACAAAGAUAAACAACAUACCUAAUAAUUUGUGUCAAGAACAAAAGAUGCUUAGGACUUUGGACUUGUCUUACAACAAUAUAAGAGACCUUCCAAGUUUUAAUGGUUGCCAUGCUCUGGAAGAAAUUUCUUUACAGCGUAAUCAGAUCUACCAAAUAAAGGAAGGCACCUUUCAAGGCCUGAUAUCUCUAAGGAUUUUAGAUCUGAGUAGAAACCUGAUCCAUGAAAUUCACAUUAGAGCUUUUGCCACACUUGGGCCAAUAACUAACCUAGAUGUAAGUUUCAAUGAAUUAACUUCCUUUCCUACGGAAGGCCUGAAUGGGCUAAAUCAGCUGAAACUUGUGGGGAACUUCAAGCUGAAAGAAGCCUUAGCAGCAAAAGACUUUGUUAACCUCAGGUCUUUAUCAGUACCAUAUGCAUAUCAGUGCUGUGCAUUUUGGGGUUGUGACUCUUAUGCAAAUUUAAACACAGAAGAUAAAAGCCUCCAGGACCACGGUGUGGCACAGGAGAAAGGUACUGCUGAUGCAGCAAAUGUCACAAGCACUGUUGAAAAUGAAGAACAUAGUCAAAUAAUUAUCCACUGUACACCUUCAACAGGUGCUUUUAAGCCCUGUGAAUAUUUACUGGGAAGCUGGAUGAUUCGUCUUACUGUGUGGUUCAUUUUCUUGGUUGCAUUAUUUUUCAACCUGCUUGUCAUUUUAACAACAUUUGCAUCUUGUACAUCACUGCCUUCAUCCAAAUUGUUUAUAGGCUUGAUUUCUGUGUCUAACCUAUUCAUGGGAAUCUAUACCGGCAUCCUUACUUUUCUUGAUGCUGUAUCCUGGGGCAGAUUCGCUGAAUUUGGCAUUUGGUGGGAAACUGGCAGUGGCUGCAAAGUAGCUGGGUUUCUUGCAGUUUUCUCCUCAGAAAGUGCCAUAUUUUUAUUAAUGCUAGCAACUGUUGAAAGAAGCUUAUCUGCAAAAGAUGUAAUGAAAAAUGCGAAAAGCGAUCAUCUCAAACAGUUCCGGAUUGCUGCCCUUUUGGCUUUCCUAGGUGCUACAAUAGCAGGCUGUUUUCACCUUUUCCAUAGAGGAGAAUAUUCUGCAUCACCCCUUUGCUUACCAUUUCCUACAGGAGAAACACCAUCAUUAGGCUUCACUGUAACCUUAGUACUGUUAAACUCACUAGCAUUUUUAUUAAUGGCCAUUAUGUACACUAAGCUGUACUGCAACUUGGAGAAAGAGGACCUCUCAGAAAACUCAGAAUCUAGCAUGAUUAAGCAUGUCGCUUGGCUAAUCUUUACCAAUUGCAUCUUUUUCUGCCCUGUUGCAUUUUUCUCAUUUGCACCAUUGAUCACUGCAAUCUCUAUCAGCCCCGAAAUAAUGAAGUCUGUUACUCUGAUAUUUUUUCCAUUGCCUGCUUGCCUGAAUCCAGUCCUGUAUGUUUUCUUCAACCCAAAGUUUAAAGAAGACUGGAAGUUACUGAAGCGAUGUGUUACCAAGAAAAGUGGAUCAGUUUCAGUUUCCAUCAGUAGCCAAGGUGGUUGUCUGGAACAGGAUUUCUACUAUGACUGUGGCAUGUACUCACACUUGCAGGGUAAUCUGACUAUUUGCGACUGCUGCGAAUCGUUUCUUUUAACAAAGCCAAUAUCAUGCAAACAUUUGAUAAAAUCACACAGCUGUCCAGCACUGGCAGUGGCUUCUUGCCAAAGACCUGAGGGCUAUUGGUCCGACUGUGGCACACAGUCAGCCCACUCUGAUUAUGCAGAUGAAGAAGAUUCCUUUGUCUCAGACAGUUCUGACCAGGUGCAGGCCUGUGGACGAGCCUGCUUCUACCAGAGUCGAGGAUUCCCUUUGGUGCGCUAUGCUUACAAUCUACCAAGAGUUAAAGACUGAACUCCUGUGUAUGUAACCGUUUCCCCUAUCAACCAAAAUCAGUGUUUAUAGAGUGAACCCUAUUCUGAUCUUUCAUCUGGGAAGCACUUCUGUAAUCACUGCCUGGUGUCACUUAGAAGAAGGAGAAGGUGGCAAUUUAUUUCUCAAGCCAGUCAUUUUCAAAGAACAGGUGCCUAAAUUAUAAAUUGGUGAAAAAUGCAAUGUCCAAGCAAUGUAUGGUCUGUUUGAAACAAAUGUAUGAUUUGAAAAGGAUCAGAGGUGUAGUACAGCAAUAUAAUGUUAGGUUUUUCUGAUCCAUAAAAAGCAAAUUUAUAAUUAUUUCUGAAUUAAGCACAAGAAAAAGAACAGCUGUUAAUAUUUUUUUAAAAUAUAUUUAAAAAUGUGAUUUUCUAUAACUGAAGAAAAAAAUCUUGCUAAUUUUACCUAAUGUUUCAUCAUUAAUCUCAGGACAACUUACUACAGGGCCAAAAAAGAGACUGUCCCAGCUAGAACUGUGAGAGUAUACAUAGGCAUUACCUUAUUACAUUUUCAGUUGCCAUCUGUGACAUAAGAGAAUCAUAAGUUUUGCUUAGGUGAUUUAUAAAUCUAAAACCUGAAGAUGUUUUUAAAACAAUAUUAACAGCUGUUAGGUUAAAAAAAGUAGCUGGACAUUUGUUUUCAGUCAUUAUACAUUGCUUUGGUUCAAUCAGUAAUUUUUUCUUCAGUGUUUUGUGAUUAUACUACUAGAAAAAAAGUAAAAGGCUAAUUGCUGUGUGAGUUUAAUAGAUUUGGCUAAACUACUAACUAAUGUGGGGGUUUAAUAGUAUCAGAGGGAUUUGGUGGCUCCAUGUAAUGUUCUCAUUAAUAAACACUUCCUAAUAUCAUUGGCUUUACUGAUAUUUUCCAAUUUGUUGAUUUGUCACCUAGUAAUAGUUUGGAUUAUAUAGAAAGUAAACUGUGGUCAAUACUUGCAUUUAAUUGGAAGAAAUGGGGAGGAAUUAUGACACAAAGUACUUAUGUUUAUUUCUUAGUGAGCUGGAUUCUCUUGAACCUAUGCUAUUAAAUGGAAACUUCCAUAUAUCUUCCCCAUACUAUCUUUUUUUUUUUUAUGAAAAGCCUAUUCUAUAGUUCAGAGGUUGAACUCUGGUUAAACAAGAUAAUAUGUUAUUAAUAAAAAUAUAAGAAGGAAUUAAAUCUUAGUCUUGUGUCUUUAAAAAUUAAAAAUUUUACUUGAUUCUCAUGUAUGGGCUUUAGACCUAUUACUGUGUGGAGUCUUAAAGUUAUAAUUGUUCAAUAUGUUUUUUGAACAAUGUGCUAAAUCAAUAGCAAACCCACUGCCAUAUUAGUUAUUCUGAAUAUACUAAAAAGCAUUCAGCUAGAUUGCAGUUUAAUAAUUAAACUGUACAUACUGUGCAUAUAAUGAAUUUUUAUCUUAUGUAAAUUAUUUUUAGAACACAAGUUGGGAAAUGUGGCUUCUGUUCAUUUCGUUUAAUUAAAGCUACCUCCUAAACUAUAGUGGCUGCCAGUAGCAGAAUGUUAAAUUGUGGUUUAUAUACUUUUUGCAUUGUAAAUAGUCUUUGUUGUACAUUGUCAGUGUAAUAAAAACAGAAUCUUUGUAUAUCAAAAUCAUGUAGUUUGUAUAAAAUGUGGGAAGGAUUUAUUUACAGUGUGUUGUAAUUUUGUAAGGCCAACUAUUUACAAGUUUUAAAAAUUGCUAUCAUAUUUGUAUAUUUACACAUCUGAUAAAUAUUAAAUCGUAACUUGGUAAGAAACUCCUAAUUAAAAGGUUUUUUUCCCCCAAAAUUCAAAAUAUUGAAAAUUUUUUAUUUUAUUCAUUUAAAAACUAGAAUAACAGAUAUAUAAAAUGUGUUAAUCUUUGUGCUAUAUAUGGUAUGAAAUACAAUAUUGUACUCAGUGUUUUGAAAUAUUAAAGUUUCUAGAAAGCAA